AGUAAACAAAUGCGUUUUGCAGGGUUGAAAGAUUUUUUCCAACAAGGCAUUACAGAAACAGUUUAUAGAAAAGUUAAGUUAAAAGUUACUAAACAGAACGGAGAACGGGAGCAGGCACAAACAAAACUAUUUUAUUUUCGAUAACUGUAUUCGAACAUAACAUUCAUUAUACUUUUGUUAAAUUAUCUUUCAAUAACAAACAAAUUCGUCACAGAAAACAAAAGAAAAGAACAUAAUCUAUUUUCUGGCAAUUAUUUAAGUUUUGUUCGGUAAAAUAAAACUAUUUCUUGAGUUAAAAUAUAAACACAAUAGUGGAAUAUGGUAUACAAAGAAAGUAUUAAUUAAAAGUAUUCCUCGAACGAAGCUAAGCAUUUAAAAUCAUUCCAAUCUGGAAAUCCAUUUAUAAAAGUACAAACAUAGAUACAAAUUAAAAUAUUUCUAACAAUAUGGGUGAAACAAGCGAAUUUUCCACCGAUGUAUCCAAUCGACACAAAAAACGUUCGUCUUUUGUGCUAUACUUAGAGCAUUUCUUUUUCACAUUAAUCACAAAAAUUGCGAGAUUAAUUUUUACUGUAAUCUAUGGAAAAAAAGGUAAAGUAAUGCCAGCAAUAACAGAUCCAUUACUAUUAGAAUCAGCAACUUCAUUGGCAAGCAAAAUUCGAACAAAACAGAUAACCAGUGUAGCUGUUUUGGAGGCUUUUAUAAGGCGAGUGGAAGAAGUAAAUCCAACAUUUAACUGUGUCGUUGACAAACGCUUUAAAGAAGCACUAAAGGAUGCAGCAGAUGCAGAUGCCCUAAUAGCUUCUGGGACAUAUACACCCGAAGAACUUUUGAAAAUAAAACCAUUUUUAGGAGUUCCCAUUUCUACUAAGGAUUGCAUAGCUGUAAAAGAUUUCCUUAACACUGCUGGGCUUUAUGCUCGAAAAGGUGUACGCUCAAAUGAAGAUUCAGAUGCUAUGGGAUUAAUGAGGAAAGCGGGUGCGAUACCUUUCUGUCUAACAAAUGUUUCAGAGAUGUGCAUGUGGUGGGAAAGUUUUAAUACGCUACAUGGACGUACACGCAAUCCAUACGACACCAAUCGAAUUGUUGGAGGUUCAAGUGGGGGUGAAGGUUGUAUUCAAGCUUUAGCUGCAUCUCCGUUCGGUCUAGGCUCCGAUAUUGGAGGUUCUAUACGAAUGCCUUCGUUUUUCACUGGUACAUUUGGGCACAAACCAUCCAAAAAUAUUGUUUCGAAUAAAGGUCAAUUUCCAAUGCCUUUUUCAUUGGAGCAAGAUUCAUUCCUUGGCAUUGGCCCCAUGUGUCGACAUGCUGUCGAUUUAAAACCAGUCUUGAAAAUUAUAUCCGGUCAAAAAUCCUCGCUCCUCAACUUAGAUGAACCGGUUGACUUAAAAAAACUGAAAUAUUACUAUCAAGAAAGCGACGGAGGAAGUAGAUUGGUCUCUCCUGUGGAUGAAGACUUGAAAAACUCACUGCGCAAAGUAAUUGAUUAUUUGCAAACGUCAACUGGAACGACCGCAUCGAAAAUUCAAAACGAAAAAUUUAAACAAUCACCUUCGAUUUGGUUUGCCAAUAUGAAAGACGACUCGGGUCAUGGAUUUGGUCAUCAGUUGGCAAAUUUCAAUGGGGAAAUAAACCCCAUAACAGAACUUUUAAAACUUUGUGUGGGGCUUUCACAACAUACCUUCAUUGGUGUGGUCACAGCUUUAGUAGAUAAUGCCCAGAUACCAUUUGGAUCACCAAAAUACCAUCACCUGGUUAAAAAACGAGAUAAUUUAAGAAAGGAAAUGCAGAAUUUACUUGGAGAUGAUGGAGUUUUUAUCUACCCAACUCAUCCCACCGUAGCACCAUAUCACAAUGAGCCUUUGGUGCGUCCACUCAACUUUUCCUACACUGGAAUAAUAAAUGUUUUAGGUUUUCCUGCUACAGCAGUUCCUUUGGGUUUGGGCAGUGAAGGCGUUCCACUUGGGGUACAAGUGGUUGCAAAUUUUAAUAACGAUCGACUGUGUUUGGCUGUAGCUGAGGAGCUAGAAAAAGCAUUUGGUGGUUGGGUGCGUCCAGGUAUAAAAUGUUAGAUACAUUUUUCAUAGUGAAAUCGUUGUACUGCAAUAGUGGUGGAUUUCAUUACUUAAAUCUAAAACAACACAUCCUAUAUUGUAUAAUUUGGAAGAAAACAACAAGGCUAUAUUAUAAAAACCAUAUUUUUUAUAUGUGAACAUCCUUUGAAUUUAUAUACCAAAAAUGUUCGUGAUUAUUUUCAUAUAAUGUAAAUUUAGUGAAACUUUCUUGUUAUGAAAGAAACAAACAUACAUAAUAUUUACACUUAGUAAUAAAGUGCAAAACAUGAA